AUCGCAAGGCGGCUAAACGAAACACCCUUCCGUGCCAAUAGUGUAGUCUGGGUCCCUAGUGAUGAAAUUGCGACUCGUCUCGAGUCCACGCGAUCAGGGCUAAUGAUCUCCCGGGAACUUACGGACAUUUAUUUGCGCUGGAAUCGUAUGCUGGUGUGCGCCCGCGGAUUUAACGAGCGCGAGGGACCUCUGGCAGGCGUCCUUGGUGAGCCGGGUAGAGAUGAGUACAUCAAAGUGCAAGAGGAGCUGACUGGGAAAAUUAAGCGGCCACAAUAGCUGACAGAAAAUGGGCACCUAUGGAAUCCGCGCGACUCAAUUCCUAAUAUGAUCUGCAGGUGGGAUUUGCGGGGGCAGACUUCCCAUAGAGGAGACGUGGGAAUUCAAAGGAGUGGGGGUUUUCUUUCGAAAGAUUAACGACCGCAUCUUCUCUUUCCCGGUGGAAUGCGCCGACGUUGCGAAACCUCUCCCGUUGUAUUGGGUGUUUGGAUUAUUUCUCUAUCUCUCUCUCUUCUUUUUAGUUUGAACGCACAUAGCCUAGAGGAAUGUCUGUUUUUAUUUCUUUAGAAAAAAUGACUUGAGAACGUAAAGCUGUUUAACUGCGUGUUGCAAGUUGAACCGGCCCUGAUAUCGAAUUGCUUUUUAUUCGUCUCAUUUAGCAAAUCAUUUCUUUAUUGGCAUAGCUAUGUCUUUAUUACUGAUAAAGUAAAGCGUGAGCACGUAAGGUUCGGCAACUACUGGCUGCAUCGGAACAUUCCGUUGUCAUUGUACAACAGGACAAACAAAUCCCCGAUAAAACGGCGAACAGCUCAAGAUUUUGGUUUUUCCUGCGUUGCCGACCUCAGCUUUGAGAUUUCUCUAUCCAUGGUGCUGAUGUUCCAGGAAUGGUCGAGACGCUCAGUAUUGCAGUGAUCGGCGCCCCGGGAGUCGGGAAAACUUCAAUUAUCCGUCAGUUUAUCUAUAAUGACUUUUCCGAGGUUUACACCCCCACCAAGUCCAGGUACGUCUACAGGCCCUCGGUGAUCUUGAAUGGAAGCAUGUACGACCUGAAGAUUUUGGACGUCCCGCCAAUUUCAUCUUUCCCGUCCAGCACGAGUCAGGAGUGGCUGGACCUGCGGUGUCGGGGGGUGCGCAACGCUAACGCCUACAUCCUGGUGUACGACAUCUGCUGCGUGGAGAGCUUCGAGUACGUGAAGAUGAUCCGCCAGCAGAUCGUGGAGCACAGGGAGGGCAGCAGUCAGGAGGUGCCCAUCCUGGUGGUGGGCAGUAAGCGGGACCUCCAGAGGCAGCGGUUCACCCCGCGCCGGGCCGUCUCGGUGCUGGUGAAGAAGACGUGGAAGUGCGGCUACGUGGAGUGCUCCGCCAAGUUCAACUGGCACGUGACGCUGCUGUUCAAAGAGCUGCUGGGCAUCUCCGUCAGCCGGGGCAUGCGGCAGAACCACACCUCCAUCCGCCUGCAGGGGGCGCUGCAGCGCAACCGCUGCUCCGUCAUGUGACCUCUUCCUCCCGUGCCCCGCGUGGGACACACACACACACACACACACACACACUCAGGGGGGCAUCCUCAAAAAGUGCAACAGCUGGAAAAAAAAAAAAAAAAAACACCCAGAGGCCUCUCUUUCUUACUCCGCCCAGACCGGGUCCCGAUUGGCCGCAGGGCGGCGCGCUGGAUCUGUGAUGUCACUAUAGCACCGAAUUACCCAAUCAGAGCAGUCGAUUAAACAAUGAAUUGGCCAUUUACAGCAGUUGCUUCUGCAGUUAACCGGCCUGACUGGUGUCCCUGUGUCCAAAAAACCGGCUGUUGAUUUUUGACUGUUGACGGAGGUGAACACAGAAACCAGCGGACCCUGCGGCCCCCCAGGGACACUUGGUUGUCAUGCCGACGCUGUAUUUGAGUCUGCGGCAGGACUUCUUCUGAUCCACGAACGUUUCAGACGUUUCUCUCAUCCCUCCCCAGGGUCCGCUCUCGCCCGGCCGCAGGGAGAACCGCGAGGGAGAACCGCAAGGGAGAACCACAAGGGAACUCCUUCUCUUCUCCUUACCGCUGCCCGUCCGCUUCACUGCAGACAGAAAAGUCAGACUUAACAAGUGCUUGAGUCCUAUAAUGAAACGCACAAUUAUAAUUUUGCUCUCAAGUAGAAAAAUAUUGGCCUGUUUUAAGUUAACUCUUUGCUUGGCAUGUGAAAUUGUCAUACCCCCAUUGGCAAGUCUUGAAAUGAGUUAAAAAUGUCUCACGUCAUUGGCAAUAUUUUUGUCUUACUCAGCAGAAAAGUCAUAGAAAUAAGAUAGUAGGCUGUUUUUCCAGACAUGGAUUAGGCCUAUACUAAAAGAGCUAUAGGUUUAAUCUAUGUCUGAGAAACCAGCCUUAUAAGUCUGAGUAUAAGAGUAAAAUACUUGUUAACAUAGACUUAUUCUUUGGUUUGCAGUGUUUACCCAGGGAGACAUGAAGUACCUGUGUCUAUCAACUGCUGUAUGUGCUCUGGUCCCCCAGCUGCACGUUACCUGCCCACAAUGCACCUGUCCUCUCCAGGUGCGAUGCGCAGCGAGGCAUGCUGGGGCACUCCCUUACGGGCCUGGUUACUAAGCGACGGCCAAUGAUAAGGCGUGGCUAUGAGGAGCCGGUUGAGAAGCACAGCAUUCAGGACCGCGGGGCUCGUAUAAAUGUUCAUUGCGCGCGGCGAUUGUGCGUUCUCUCGCGAUCGCUGUUAUUAGUGCUAAUGGCUUUCUAGCAUCGUCUCUCAGCAGCAUCCUGGCAUCUGCGGCACAUCAACACAUCGCCUUCUCGGGGGGGACGGUGUUUCAUCUCCCACGCGGCUCGCCGUUUCUCACACCUCUCAUCGACGUGCUCUCGGUCCAUCUGAGCGUGUUUCUGAGGAACGAUAUCAAUAUGGCAUUUUCCACAGGGAAGUGGGCGAGGGGACCUACUAUAAUAGUAAUAAAUAAUAAUAAUAAUAAUAAUAAUAAUAAUAUUUUUUCAAAAGUCUUCCAUUUGCAGUGAAACUAGCCCUCGUAGGCUGUCAGAGGACCACAGAUGAGUGGCCAGCCACUCGAAGUGGCUCAGAGAAGGCCUAAGAGGAGUGGCUGACACCGGGGCACUUUGGGAAAGAAGAAAGAGGAUGUACAGGGAAUUAGCUUCACUGCCCUCUAAAGCGCUGUAUCUUGGCAACUGACUGGGUAGUGUGUGUGGGACUUUUUUUUUUUUUUCUGUAUGAGUACACGCCCUU